AUGACCGCCAUCUCAUAUCCAGACACGCCUCAACCCUCAUGGCACAACACACCCUCCGGCACAAUGACAGCGGCUGUUCUGAAAGAGAAUCCUUCACUCGAGAAAUCGCCUCUAGAUAGCUUCACAUACCAAACAGACUACCCCAAACCAACACUACCGUCCCGAGACUGGUGCCUCGUUCGCGUCCGCGCAGCCGGCCUGAACAGAGCAGAGCUCCGCGGCCGUGCAGCUCUACCACCUGGAAAGGGUGAAUUGAAUAUAUUCCAGAAUGAGUACCACGAAGACCCGCCAGCCAUACUUGGCGAAGAGCUCGUUGGUGAGGUCGCUGAGGCAGGUUCCGACAGUGGAUUCCAGGUUGGCGAGAUAGUAACGGCGUUCAUCUAUGGUGGUGGCAAGGCUCACGACGGUGCUUAUGCGCAGUACUCUAUCGCCCAUAAGCGGCGACUGUAUCGGUUGCCGUUCAAAGAUAGCGCGGAUGUUGAGCGUCGAACAGGAUGGAAUGUUCUCGGUGCGAUUCCAAUGAGUAUGUGGACUGCCUACGGUAGUAUUUUUGAGGCUGGACGACUGGGCCAUAGAGGAAAGGGCAAGGACGAAACCCUGCUGAUUCAUGGUGGAACGUCUAGCGUUGGAAUCUGGGCCAUUCUGCUAGCGAAGGAGCAGGGCUUUAAGGUCGUCGCGACAACGCGCAAAGAGAAAAAGACUCAAAGACUGAAAGACGCAGGUGCUGACCAUAUCAUUCUCGAUCAAGACCUCGAAACAUCCAUCCCAAAACUCUUUCCUGAUGGCGUUGACGUCGUGCUAGAACUGGUGGGUCCGGAUAUGAUUCAGCGCGCGUUAUCGUGGACAGCGAGGCCCGCCAUGAUUCCUACAUGUCGCAAUCUUACGUUCUAUGGCAUGACGAAUCGAGGGAGCCUGGGGCCGGACGAUGAGGGACUCGAGCAAGUGGAACCAACAUUGAAACAUGUUGUCGAGAAGGUGGAGGAUGGAACUUUUGGGAAAGAGGUCUUCUUAGAUAGGACGUUCGAGUUGAAGGACAUUGGCAAGGCGCAUGAGUAUAUGGAGAACAACGAGGCUGUUGGGAAAGUGGUGGUAUUGGUUCCUUGA